AUGCCCCGGCGUUCGCUGGCGCUGGCGAUAGCGUUGGCAUCGGGCCUUGGCCCCGGCUUUGCGCAGGUCACCCGCAGAGGGUUGCUGGCCAGUUUCCUGGCGCCGGCGCCGGCUGCGGCGGCGGUGCCAGCUGCCCGCCCUGCGACCAAAGAUGAGCUUCUGGAGAUUGCAGGCGCGUUUGCCCAGCUGGCGACCACUCCGAACACUCCCGGGGCUGAUGCCGUUUUUGCGGAGGUGGAGGAAACACUCGGCAAGGCCAUCGUGAAGUGGGAGUCCGGCACCAUCACCGCGCCCGCGCUCAUCGAGGAGAAGGCGCGGCUGCGCCUGGGCCGCGCGCGGGCCCGCGUGGUCUUCAACGACCUGCUGUCCGGCACCCGCCCGGACAAGGUGGAGGGCGCCAUCGAGGACUACGAUGCCGGCAUCGCCAUCAUGGAGGAUGAUCUCAAGCAGCACCCGGACCGCUUGAUGUACAGCGAGUACCCCGAUGCGCUGGUCAAGCGUGGCUUGGCCAAGGAGGGGCUCCGGAAUUGGCGCGGCGCGGUGGAGGACUACAGCCAGGCCAUCGAGGCUUUGAAGCCCAAGGAUGGCCGCAGGGACAAGGCGCUGAGGGGCGAUGCGCGGAUGCAGGAGGGCGAUGGCUUGGGGGCGAACCCCUUGAUUCUCAACUUCCGGGGCAACGCGCUGGCGCAGCUCGGGCGCUUCGAUGAGGCGGUGGAGGACUAUGUGGAGGCCACCCAGAUCUUCGACGCGGAUGGGGAGGUGCGGCAGGCCUCGCUGUCGCGGGCCAACGCGGGCCUGGCGCUCUUCGGCGCUGGGCGGGACAUCGAGGCCAUACGGUUCAUGGAGCAGGUGGUGCGCAACGACCCCGGUGUCACGGACGCGCACGUGGCGCUGGCUGCGUGGUAUUGGUCCAAUGCCAGGCCUGCGGAGGCGGAGAGCCAGUGGCAGUUCGCUUGCGACCAGAUCUCCACUGGCUGCCAGGCCUACAAGGACAUGAAGUGGCUAAAGGAGGUCCGGCGCUGGCCUCCGUCGCUUGUCUCCUCACUGCAGGACUUCCUGGCCAAAGUCAGCUCGCACUAUCACCAGCUGCGCUUGGCCGAGAAGGCGGCGGAGCUGAAGCCCGAGGAGGAGGGCCAACAUACCAUCUUUGCAGCUUGGACUGAAGCUCAAAUCGGCACCCUUGCCAGUUUGGAGCCCCACCACGCCAUGAGCCAAGUCCACUUCGCGCCUGCCUUUCUGCGACCCACGGCCAUGGGGAAGAUCAUGCCCUUGCCUGCUCAGUAUUCCUCCUGGGCUGCGUACUUGCCGCGCACCAGCGGGACGCCAGAUGAGAAGGAGGCUAACGCCUCCCUCUCGGACUUCGUUGGCAGCCAGGUCACAGGCCAUGUUUGGCAGCUCUCGCUGCGGCAGCGUGGUAGCCGAGCGGUGCAGGACGCCAUCGACCUUUGCAGCAGCGACCAGGAACGAGAAGCGAUUGCCGGCGAGCUGGCAGGGCACAUUUGGGAGGCUGUGCGGUGCCCCCACGCCAACUUCGUGGUGCAGCGUCUCAUCACGGCGCUCAGGCCUGCCGCCUGCCAGUUCAUCAUAGAUGAGAUCAUGCGGCCUGGAUCGAAGAGCGUUGGCUACUUGGCGAGGCACAAAUAUGGCUGCCGUACCUUGCAGCGACUACUGGAGAAAUGCAGCCAGCAGCAGACUCUGCCAAUCGUGGAGGGUCUGCUGUCGGAAGUGGUUCCUUUGUCGCGGCAUCCAUACGGGAACUACGUGGUUCAGCAGCUCUUCGAGCACGCCAGCAGCCAGCACAGGAGCUCUGCAGUCCAGAAGCUUCUGCGGAACGUAGCCUUGGUGGGCGCUGACUGCAAUGGCGGCGCGGUCCUGCUCAAGGCCAUGACCAACGCCUCCCCGGAGGAGAAGGCGCAGUUGGCGCAUGCCCUUGCUACGGAGCCCGGCCUCAUCCUCUCCAUUGCGCGGGGCCGCUACGGCCACGCGGUGGCGCGCUUCGACUGA